CUUUUCCUUUUUCUUGCACUGUUCUUAUUCGAUUAUUUACUGAUUUCGAUUCUAGGAAAAUAAAAAUAAAAUUCGUGCAUCGUAUAAUAAGCUGCUUUUAGCUCAGAGCGCUUUGCAAAGUGCCUAACCUUAUGAUCGGACUAGUUAAUUUGUGUGAAGGGUUAUGUUUUUUGUUUUCUGACCUUUUUUUUUUCCUUCUCUUUCCUUUGUGUUAUUUGUGUAUCGGGAUAAUUUGGGGUAUUCGAUAGCUUCGGGGGGGCUCGUUCUGUAUAUCUUACAGGUUUAUAUUUGUUGAUUGAUGAUGUUGCUGUGGCUUUUAAUUUGAUUCUCAUCGAGUCGUUGAUGAGUUUGAUGCGCGAUUAUGCUUUGACCGUUUCUGCAAUGCACCGCGUGGGUAGUGCGGGUAACACAAAUAACUCAACUCGUCCUCGUAAGGAGAAGAGAUUAACCUACGUGUUGAAUGAUUCCGAUGACACAAAGCAUUGCGCAGGCAUAAAUUGUUUGGCUCUGCUUACGUCUGCGGUAUCUGAUGGGUCUGAUUAUCUCUUCACUGGGAGCCGUGAUGGCAGGUUAAAACGAUGGGCACUAGCUGAGGAUGCAGCGACGUGCUCUGCUACCUUUGAAUCUCAUGUGGAUUGGGUUAAUGAUGCUGUUCUUGUUGGUGAUAAUGCACUUGUUUCUUGUUCUUCAGAUACGACCCUUAAGACAUGGAAUGCCUUGUCCAGUGGAACUUGUACUCGGACACUCCGCCAACACUCUGAUUAUGUUACUUGCCUCGCAGCAGCUGUCAAAAAUAGCAAUAUUGUUGCCUCUGGUGGCCUUGGCGGGGAGGUUUUUAUAUGGGAUCUUGAAGCUGCGCUUGCUCCAGUCUCUAAGUGCAAUGAUGCUAUGGUUGAUGAUGCUUCAAAUGGUAUCAAUGGUUCUGGCAACUCAUUACCGUUGACAAACUUACGUACUAUCAGCUCAAGCAACAGUAUAUCUGUGCACACUACCCAAACUCAGGGGUACAUUCCAAUUACUGCCAAAGGCCAUAAGGAUUCUGUUUAUGCAUUGGCAAUGAAUGAAGGUGGAACGAUUCUUGUCUCUGGUGGCACAGAAAAGGUUGUGCGUGUCUGGGACACGAGAUCAGGAUCAAAGACUCUGAAGCUCAGAGGGCAUACAGAUAACAUCAGGGCUCUGCUUCUGGAUUCUAAUGGCAGGUAUUGUUUAUCAGGAUCUUCAGACUCUAUGAUAAGGCUUUGGGAUAUAGGUCAGCAGAGAUGUGUGCAUUCUUAUGCAGUUCAUACAGAUUCUGUUUGGGCACUUGCCAGCACCCGGUCAUUUAGUCAUGUUUAUAGUGGUGGGAGAGACUGUUCAUUAUACUUGACAGAUUUGCAAACAAGAGAGAGUAGUUUGCUUUGCACAGGCGAGCACCCUAUUCUUCAAUUGGCUUUGCACGAUGAUAGCAUGUGGGUUGCAUCAACAGAUUCUUCUGUCCAUAGAUGGCCUGCUGAAGGAUGCAACCCUCAGAAGAUUUUCCAAAGAGGCAAUUCUUUUUUAGCUGGAAACUUGUCCUUUUCAAGGGCAAGAGUGUCACUCGAAGGAUCUACCCCUGUUCCUGUAUAUAAAGAACCUGCCUUAACUAUCGCGGGCACCCCUGGAAUAGUGCAACAUGAGGUUUUAAAUAAUAAGAGACAUGUGCUGACUAAGGAUACGUCUGGUUCAGUAAAGCUGUGGGAGAUUACCAAAGGUGUUGUGAUUGAAGAUUAUGGAAAGGUUUCAUUUGAGGAGAAAAAGGAAGAGCUAUUUGAGAUGGUUAGCAUUCCUGCAUGGUUCACAGUGGAUACCAGGCUUGGAAGUUUGUCUGUCCAUUUGGAAACUCCCCAAUGCUUUUCUGCAGAGAUGUAUUCAGCAGAUCUUAACAUUGUAGGCAAGCCCGAAGAUGAUAAGGUUAAUUUGGCUCGAGAAACCCUUAAAGGGCUCUUGGUUCAUUGGUUGAGAAAACGAAAGCAAAGAACGGGAUCCCUAGCUCCAGCUAAUGGGGAAUUAUUUUCUGGAAAGGAUAUUGCUACUAGAAAUCUUACCCAUUCAAGAAUUGAGGUUGAUGGAAGUUCUGAGAAUGAUGCUAUGGUUUAUCCUCCGUUUGAAUUCUCAGUUGUUUCCCCUCCUUCCCUAGUUACUGAGGGCACCCAUGGAGGUCCGUGGAGAAAAAAAAUUACUGAUUUAGAUGGAACUGAGGAUGAGAAAGACUUCCCCUGGUGGUGUCUGGACUGUGUUUUGAAUAAUCGGUUACCUCCCAGAGAAAAUACAAAAUGCAGUUUCUAUUUGCAACCAUGUGAAGGCUCUACAGUCCAGAUCCUCACACAAGGGAAGCUAAGUGCCCCACGUAUAUUAAGAAUUCAUAAAGUUAUUAAUUAUGUAGUAGAAAAGAUGGUGCUCGACAAACCUUUGGAUAGCUUAAAUGCCGAUGGUAGUUUUGUCCCUGGACUUGCUGGGUCACACUCACAGCAUCAAGCAAUUGGAGAUGGAUCUUUCCGAUCUGGAUUCAAGCCUUGGCAAAAACUUAGACCUUCCAUUGAAAUAUUGUGCAACAACCAGGUGUUGUCUCCUGAAAUGAGCUUAGCCACAGUGCGAGCUUAUAUAUGGAAGAAACAAGAUGACCUGGUCCUAAAUUAUAGAGUGGUUCAAGGCAGGUGACUACAAAUUGCUUGUGCAUCAGAGGUGGGUAAUCUUGAGCGGUGCUAAGCUUUUCUCAGCUAAAAUAUGUUGUUAAUGCUUUCAAGGUAUUUAUUCCUGUAUUUUUUUAGAUGUAAUUUACAGCCAGCUUGAAAGGAGAAGGGAUUUUGUAGGAAAGUGUUUCUUUUUGAUUGAUGUAAAUGUUGAGAAUAGUAAUCUUAGGUGAUGAGACUAAUCUUUAUUAAUAAUUUGUUCCCUAUCGAAUUGGAUGAAAAUAAUUAUAGCGAGUUUUUCCAGUGUGUGAAAGGCCAUUGUUGGUAUAACAAAAAACUUUUAAAUGUUUAGUGUUCAUUUUUCAGACAGGAAAACUCUGAUAUUCUUCUUAUUCGAAGUGAUUAAAAGGAGAGGAAUGUAUAGGGGAGAACAUGGCAACAGGUCUGCUACUGAUUUACAUAAUUCCAGCAUUAAAUCUCCUAAAUUAAAGACAACAAAAUCAGGUUAGCAAGAUUAUAGGAAACACCCUUCUUAAUCUCUUUUAUUGAAAAAGGUUGACUAAUUAAAAUAAGGAAACAGAAUUAAAUUAGCAAAAUUAAAUAAGCAAACUACAAUUAAUUACAAAUCAAUCUUAAUCGUAUCCCUAAACUUUAGUGAUUGAAAUCGAAAUCCAACAUUUAAGAUGCAUUGCCUAACCAUUUCUUUUUUUACCCUUUACUUCCAAGUUUUAUCAUUAAAUGAAAAAUAAUUAGAAGGAAAAGGUUCUUUUUAUUUAUUUAUUUACUUUUGAUGCUGAAUUUACCCCCUCCUUAUCAUUCUCUGCCCUUCUUCUUGGUAUGUUGCCUGGGCAAGGUUUGCAAAAUUUAUUUAUUAAUA